CUUGGGCUCUUGCAGACAGAAAUUUAAAUCAGUUCUACAGAUCCUAACACCUGGCAAACCGUCUGUUGCCUAAAAAUUACGGUUUCAGUUCCAAAUGAGCGAAAUGGCGGUUCAGUCUGCUUUAAAUACGUAUUUUUCGACGGGAAGACGUCGUGGAUGCUUCAACCUGGGCUAUGCCGUGAUGGUUAAUCUGAUAUCCGAUGAAUUGUACCUGGGAUUUCUUCAAGACACGGACGAAGAGCGGCUCUUCAUAGAUUUCGACUGUGCCGAUAUCGCCCCUUGUUGGGUGGCAGCUAAACAAGUAUGGAUGACUUCCAGUCACGCGUACGGUCACCUCAACACACUGGAAGAAAUGCAGUACGAACCUCUGCAUGUUGCACUACGAAACACUCCCACCGGUCCCUAUGUUUACCGCCCAGGGAAACUGGCGCAGCAAAGCACGGAGGCGAAUUUAUUUCUGAGCUGUGUCGUUGUGGAUAACCUGGAUCAAGUGGGAGAGUUUUAUGUUGUACAUCCCUGGCAGAUAGCCGAUACGAACAGCAUCCCGCGGUUUCCAACGGAUGAAUCAAACUAUCAACCUCACCCGCGAAAAGUGGUGAUCCCGGUAAGCACCAUGGAACUGUUGGAUAUCGAUGAGUAUCGUGUUAUACGGAUGCUGGAUAUGGUGUUCCGCGGGGGAAAACGCGAGAGGUCCUAUCAGGAGUAUGCGGAUCGGUUGUUUGUGCGAAUAAAUGCGAAGAGCUUAUAUUUUCUUAUUGGGCAUAUACAGUGCUCGCACGUUAGUCCACUCUGUUGCCCGAAUGAAUGGGAAUCGAACUGGUCUUGGAAGAUUAAUACGGCGGAGAGAAUUGCUGUGGGUGUGGAAUACUAUUUAUCUCAGUACUGUGGAAAACCCGAACGAUGUCCUGGCGGCCGCGAGUGCUCGAUAUCAGACUGUACAGAGGAUCAUGAAUUGUUCGAGUAUAUGCCGCCUGAAAUCAUCUCGUUCGUUCUGGAAUCUUUGGAUAUCCACUCUAAAGUCAGGGCGAAACGAUUGAUGUUAACAACGCUGGCGACUGCACGAGGAAAGCGUCUGUUUGGGGCGUGUGUACGUACGUGGACCUUCGGCUGGCAUUGAUUGGCUGCAUCUUUCCAUUUUGCGCGGAUCCGAGUGAGGUCUGCCGCAUUGAUAACCGCGUAUUAGGAGGAAUAACUAGGCUUCCAACCAUGCCCAAGAGGCAGUACGCCAACAGCGUGGACAUCCUGGGUGACGACGGGAUGAUGCGGCGUGGACGCGUGGUGGACUUGGCGUACCACGGACUCUUCAUCGAUCUCCUCUGUCCCGACCGACACCGGGAAUUCGUCCCAUUCGACAGACUCUUCCCGCCUUACAAGAAGGUAAACGAAUCGCCGAUGGGUCCGUGGAUCUGGCUCCCGGGUGAGGCGGUAAUUUUCGGAUCCGGCGUGCCGCCGGACGAGCAGACAAUCGGCCCCGUGGUCCAUGUUCGCCGUACGACAAACGGAACUUCGCGCACCGAGGUCGUUCCCAGUAAUCGAAUUCGUAGGGAAGGUUCGCGCGAACCGAUCCGUCCCGGGACUUUCGUUAAGGAUAGCGUGCAGUUGGAUGGUCAGUUUCGCUCAAUGUCCGCGGAGAAUGCCGAGACACUCAUUCAGCGACUGAAUUAUGAAGUAAAUCACGGGCACUUUGGUUUCACUAUUAACGUGGUGAGUUUCGUUGACGCUCGGUUAGAGUUCAUCCCGUGGCGGGAUUUCUCCCGCCCACCAGACUGGCAUUAUCGACCUGCUGAUCGCGUUUGGGCUCGAUCAAUUGUACUGCGCGCAUUCUGGAACGUCGUUGCGGAAUUGUAUGGCGAGCUCAGCAGAAAAUCCAACGUUUCACGCGACGAUCAAGCAAAUAACCCACAGACGGAAUCGCUUCCGUUGGAAUUGUUGGUAGAGGUAUUUUUCUACUUGGAAACCGCAAAGCAGACCGAGUUACGCAGCGUCUGCGCAGCGUGGAACUCGAUGAUGAACGCGCCAACGCUGCUUGCUUGCAUCAUGAUCAUAGAUGGCUAUGAUUAUCGGUGGGAUCGCGGAUUCUCCGGCUUGGCGACGGUAUUCAAACGCUUGUAUCCUGGCACGCAGCACGUGAUACUGGUGAACGAUAGGAGCUUGACCAACCAGCGCAUUACGGGCAUGAUGCGGUUGUGCAAGAUGAUCGGCUAUGUCGCUCAGCAGCGACCCGGAAUCCGCCUGCGAAACGUGGUGCUCCGCGGUUUCCAGUUCAGUGUGCAAGUGGACUGGUCCGCCAACGUGUCCGGAUGUCCAGUACAUCCGCCGGAUCCUCCCGGGUUCCCGCGGAAUGGAAUGCAUCUGUAUCGGCUGCAGGAUUUGAUUGCAGCGUGCAGUCGUCUCCCGUGUAAUACCAUUCUCAUGUCAAACUGUAUGGUUCGUUUGGUCUGCUGUAAUUAUGUUUCAGAAUUGCGGCGCCGGCAGCUGACAGCCCGGAUUCCGCAACUGCCCAUACGUGGGGAAUUCGGCUGCUUUGUGUGGGACGCGUUGGAGGCGGCGGUGCCGAUGGUGAGCGAAUGGAAGCUGCAAGAGCUCUCGCGCUGGAUGAAAGGCAUUACGGAUGGACGCAAGAAAUCGUUAUGCGCCAUGCUGUAUGCCACACAAUCCUGUGAUCCGCGUCCGUCCUCGCAUUAUAACGGCAAGAAGUGGAUGGUGGAUGACCUGCAAGAUUUACAGUAAUACCAAAAUUGGACAUCGGUCUGUUAUUCGCCUGUUUUUGCUGGACAAUAUUUUUGGAUCGUUUUUGCUGAUUGUAACAUCUUUCGUAUGGAACUUCACGCUAAGUGGGUGAAAAUGGUGCCAGAUCCGGGACUGAAGUGGCAGGAGCAUCGAUAGCUGCUGAAAUUCUACGGAACAUACGAAGCCCUAAACGUAGACGAUUCUGGCGAUUUUGGCGGAAACAAGACGUGAGGCACUUGGAUGGAGUUGUCCCGGGGAAUCUGCAGCUGACCAUCCUGGUGCGGGAUUAUCCAGACGACGCUGAACUGGCGCCCAUCCGCGCGCCCACUCCAAUCGAUUUCGUGUGUUAUGACAAGGGGGGCUGCUACCACUGUGGUUGGUCCGAAUGCGCCGAUACUCGGAUUUCUAAGCUGUCUUUCUUUUCCUCGGAUUGCUGACAAGUCAACAAGUGUACAAGUAUACAAGUACAGCAACUUUAUGUGUUCUUGGUUGAUUUUUUGCUUCCGAGUUAAAAAACUCUUUGGAUUUACUCUUUUAAUUUCGAAUCUGACCUAUUGG